AUGCUACCUCGACUCCUGAUCUUCACCAUGUUGUAUGUGGCUGCUCAAGGUUCCUCGGUGGAAUGGUGCGACUACUGGCGACUCCGCGGCGUCGCCCGCCCCGAAUGCCAACAACUGCAAUGGAGCGUUCAGCGAGAUUUUAACCGACCCCAUCCGGCAGCUGUAGACACAUAUGCCAGCUCGAUCCCCCUGUGCCACGUUGUCACCAGCAUGUCCCAAUGCGCCAGAACGGGCUUCUGCGGCUCGGGCCUCAUCUGCUGGGUGGGCGGGCAGCCCUGCUGCGCGAAUGCCAAACUCAACAGGCAAGUCGGCGCUCCGGGAAUCUCGAAUGGUGGUCAGUGCCCGGCGGCUGAGGAUUUGCAAGUGGUUUGUCGGCAAAAGAAAUCGAUCAGCUGGUGCAACUACGACCGUGACUGCCAUAUGACGAGCUCGAUGCACAAGUGUUGCCCAACCGCUUGUGGCUAUAAUAUGUGCAUCCCGGCGCGCCAGCCCGUCGAUUUGAUCUCGAGAAUGGCCUCCUCGGUGGCCGUGCCCGAUCAAUGUCCUCAACUGGAUGACAUCCCAAUCUGGUGCCGAACACCGCUUAAUUCUGGCGUUUCGUGGUGCACGCAACACAGCGAAUGCCGACAGACAGCCGUCCACACGCGAGUAUGCUGCCCAACGAGAUGUGGCUACAACGUUUGUUUGUUGAAGACCGGGUCGCGAUAUAUCAUUGCG